AUGCAGCUGAAACACAUGAAAACCCUGCUCCCUCCUCAGGAGGGGGGAGCGGGGAAGGUAACAUGUUCGGCCUGGUCUCCAAACAACAUGCGUUUUGCCGUCUGCACCGUGGACCGUGUGGUUCUGCUGUACGACGAGCAGGGAGAGAGGAGGGAUAAGUUCUCCACCAAACCUGCUGAUGCCAAGUUUGGGAAACAGAGCUACACAGUGACAGACAUGGCCUUCUCUCCGGACUCCACGCGGAUCGCUAUCGCUCAGUCUGACAACAUCGUCUACGUCUACAAGAUCGGAGCUGAGUGGGGCGACAAGAAAUCCAUCUGCAACAAGUUUUUACAGAAUAGCGCAGUGACACGACUGCUGUGGCCCGCGGAGAACGCCAUUGUCUUGGGGUUAGCGGAUGGAAAGGUGCGUCUGGCAAACACUCAGACCAACAAGUCGUCUACUCUGUUCGGAACAGAGUCCUACGUCGUGUCGCUGACCUCAAAUGCAUCAGGGAAGGGCGUUCUGUCGGGACACGCUAAUGGGACUGUGGUUCGUUAUUUCUUUGACGAUGAGGGAUCCGGAGACUCACAGGGUAAGGUUCUGGUCCACCCCUGCCCCCCGUACGCCCUGGGCUGGGGUCUGAAUGGUAUCCUGGUGGGGGGUUGUGAUCGUCGUAUCGUGGCGUACAGCCGAGAGGGCCUCGUGCUGCAGACCUUCGACCACAGCAGAGACCCGAGCGAGAGAGACUUCACCACAGCCGUGACCAGCCCCAGCGGCCAGAGUGUAGUGUUCGGCAGCUAUGACCGGCUGCGUGUAUUUAACUGGGCGCCGCGCAGAGGUGUCUGGGACGAGGCCAAACCCAAAGACAUCACCAACCUCUACAGCAUCACCAGCCUGAGCUGGAAGAGAGACGGCUCCAAGCUGUGUGCUGGGACCUUGUGUGGAGCAGUGGAGCUGUUCGACUGCUGCUUGAGGAGGAGCAUCUACAAGAACAAGUUUGAAAUCACAUACGAGGGACUGAGUCAGGUGCUGGUGAGAAACCUGUCCUCUGGUUCUCGGGUCAUCCUGAAGUCUGGUUACGGUUAUGAGAUCGAGGAGGUGAAGAUCAUGGGACAAGACCGGUACCUGGUGUCACACACAUCUGACACACUGCUGCUGGCAGACCUGCUACACAACAAGCUGAGCGAGGUGCCGUGGCCCGGCUCCGGGGGAAAUGAAAAGUUCUUCUUUGAAAAUGAGUCGGUGUGUUUGAUCUUUAACGCUGGAGAGCUCAGUCUGGUGGAGUAUGGCAACAACCAAGUCCUGGGAUCAGUACGGACCGAUUUCAUGAACCCACACCUCAUCAGUGUGUGUCUAAACGAGAGGAAGCUGCGUGGAGCUGAAGACAAUAAGAAACUGGCGUACCUUAUCGACCUGAAGACCAUUGCCAUCGUGGACUUGAGCAGAGGCUACAGUCUGGGGACCAUCAGCCACGACUCAAAGAUCGACUGGUUAGAACUGAACAAGACCGGGAGGAAACUGUUGUUUAGAGACAAGAAACUCAGGCUGCUCCUGUUGGACCUGGCGUCCGGCCUGAGGACCACUCUGCUGGGAUUCUGCUCCUUCGUGCAGUGGGUUCCAGGCAGUGAUGUGGUGGUGGCUCAGAACAGAGGGAAUCUGUGUGUGUGGUACAACAUUGAGAGCCCAGACAGCGCCACCAUGCUGCCUAUCAAGGGUGACAUAGUGGAGAUAGAGCGUGUAGAUGGAAAGACUAACGUAGUGAUCUCUGAGGGUCUGAACACUGUGACCUUCGUCCUGGACGAGGGACUCAUCGAGUUCGGGACCGCGAUCGACGAUGGAGACUACGAGCGAGCCACAGCGUUCCUGGAGUCGUUGGAGAUGUGUCCAGAGACAGAAGCCAUGUGGAAAACUCUGAGCAAACUGUCUCUGGAGGAGAGACAGCUGCACAUCACCCAGAGGUGUUGUGCGGCCCUGGGAGAUGUGUCCACAGCUCGGUUCCUGCAGCAGAUUAAUCAGACGGUGGAGGCAGUGGAGCAGGAAGCGGGGGGAGACGGCACGCUGCACUACAAAGUCCAGGCCCAGAUUGCUGCUCUGAACAAGGACUUUAAACUGGCUGAAAGGUUCUACUUAGAGCAGAACGCUGUGGACGAGGCCAUCGAGAUGUACCAAGAGCUGCACAUGUGGGACCAGAGCAUCUCUGUGGCUGAGGCCAAGAGUCACCCAGAGCUGGAGACUCUCCGCAGCAGUUAUCUGUCGUGGCUCACAGACACAGCACAGGACGAGAAGGCAGGAGAGGUGAAGGAGGCGGAGGGAGACCUGUCCUCAGCCAUCAGUCUGUACCUCAGAGCUGGACUCCCGGCUAAAGCUGCCAGACUGGCCCUCAGCAAACCUCAUCUGAUCCAGGACUCAGACCUGGUCAACCGCAUCGCAGCCAGUCUGGUGCAGGCAGAGUUCCAUGAGCGGGCUGGAGAUCUGUACGAGAGUAUCAGGAACCACAAGAGGGCGCUGGAGUGUUACGUCAAAGGAGGAGCCUUUAGGAAAGCGGUGGAGUUGUCUCGCGCCUCCUUCCCCUCUGAGGUGGUGCGUCUGGAGGAGUUGUGGGGAGAGUACCUGGUCCAGCAGAAGCAGAUGGACGCAGCCAUUAACCAUUUCAUCGAAGCCGGUUGCUCAAUCAAAGCCAUAGAGGCCGCUGUUGCUGCUCGUCAGUGGAAGAAGGCCGUCCACAUCCUGGAGCUUCAAGACGACGCAGCAGCGGCAAAAUAUUAUGUGAAGAUCGCACACCACUAUGCCUCAGUGCAUGACUAUGAGGUGGCCGAGCAGCUGUUUGUUAAAGGAGGACGCAUUAAAGACGCCAUCGACAUGUACACGACAGCAGGACGCUGGGAGGACGCACACAAGCUUGCAGUAAAGUGUAUGAACGAGGAGGAGGUGCGAGCUCUCUACGCCAGCAGAGCUCAGGAAAUGGAGACAGAGGGAAAGUUCAAGGAGGCGGAACGGUUGUACUCUGCGGUGAAGCAGCCGGACAUGGCCAUCAGUAUGUACAAGAAGAACAGGAUGUUUGACGAUGUGAUUCGCCUCGUGGCAAAGAACCAUCCAGACCUGCUGAGCGAGACCCACCUACACCUGGCCAAGGAGCUGGAGCUGGAGAGCCGCUUCUCGGAGGCGGAGCAUCACUUCAUGGAGGCCGGAGACUGGAAAGCAGCGAUCAGCAUGUUCCGCGCUCACAGUCUGUGGGAGGAGGCGCACCGGGUUGCUAAGAGCCACGGAGGCCCCAGUGUACAGAAGCAGGUGGCGUAUCUGUGGGCCAAAGAUCUGAGGGGAGAAGCCGCCGUCAAACUACUGUCACGCUAUGGUCUGGUGGAGUACGCCAUCGAGUUCGCCUGCAACGACCUAACGUUUGAGUUUGCCUUUGAACUGGCUCAGCUCGCUGCCAAAGACAAGGUCCCAGAGGUGCACCUGAAGACCGCCAUCUACCUGGAGGACGAGGGCAAGUUCCCCGAGGCUGAAGCCGAGUUCAUUAAGGCGGGAAAACCCAAGGAAGCCGUGCUCAUGUACAUUCACACUAAAGACUGGCCCAGUGCGCAGCGUGUGGCGGAGGCCUAUGACCCUCUCAGUGUCAAUGAGGUCCUUGAGUCUGAGGCCACAGAGUGUUUCGCUCAGAGAGACUUCAGCCGAGCAGAGACUCUGUUACUGAGGGCACAGAGACCUGAGCUCACUGUGCAGCUAUACAAGAAUGCUCACAUGUGGAGUGACGCUCUGAGGAUCUGUAAAGAGUUUCUCCCAAACCAUCUGUCCAAACUGCAGGAGGAGUUCGAACAGGACGCCUCCAAGAAGGGGAACAAUGGAGCAGAGGUCCUCCUGGAACAGGCCAGAGAGUGGGAGGCCGCAGGAGAACAUCUCAGAGCAGUGGACUGUUACCUCAAAGUGAACGACGAGAGCAAACUGCAAGAGAAGUGCUGGAUGAAGGCAGCAGAGUUGUCCAUAAAAUUCCUGUCUCCUGAGAAGGCUGUGGAGGUGGUGAAGCUGGUGGGCCCUCGCCUGGCCAGGCUGAGGCAGUUUAAAGCUGCCGCAGAGCUGUAUAUGAACGUGGACCUGAUCCGAGAAGCUGUCGACGUCUUCAUCUACGGAGAAGAGUGGAACAAGGCCAAGAGGGUCGCCAAGGAGAUGGACCCCAGACUGGAGGACUAUGUGGACCAGAAAUACAAGGAGCACCUGAAGAACCAGGGACAAGUCGAGUCGCUGGCCGGGAUCGACGUCAUGGCAGCCUUGGACAUGUACGCAGAAAGAGGCCAGUGGGAGAAGUGUCUAGAGACCGCUUCCAAACAGAACUUUAAGAUCCUGCACAAAUACAUAGCUCUGUAUGCGACUCAGCUGAUCAAAGAGGAGGAGCCAGUGAAAGCGCUGCAGCUGUACGUCACACAUGGAGCUCCGCCCAACAGCCAGAACUUCAACAUCUACAGGCGUCUGUUUGUGGAUGUGGUGAACCUGCCGCACACAGACUCAGUUGAAGGGUACCGUGUGUGGGCCGACCUGCGGGACGUCCUGCUGCAGCUGUGUGAUAAUAUUUCCAAAUCGGGUGAGGCGGACUCUGCAGCUCACCACGACUUUGAGCAGAUGCUGCUGAUCGCUCACUACUACGCUACAAGAUCUGCAGCGAAAGGAGUCUCUCAACUGUCUCCCCUGGCCUGUAUGCUGUCGGUGUCUCUCCUCCGUCACACAGAGAUGGUUCCUGCAGACAAAGCGUUCUUCGAGGCGGGCUCCGACUGCAGGACGGAAGGCUGGAACAACAUGGCCUUCGUCUUCCUCAAUCACUUCCUGGAUCUGUGCGAUGCUGUGGAGGAGGGCUCUCUGGAUGGACUGGACCACUCAGACUUCAUGGAUACGGACAUUCCCUUCGAAGUCCCGGUUCCCUGUAAACUCUACGUCUCAGAGGAGCAGAGGGAGCAGGUGCGGGACUGGGUCUUGAUGGUCUCCAUGGACCAGCGGCUGGAGCAGGUUUUACCCCGAGACGAGAGGAACUGUUACGAGGCUGCAUUGACGUCUCCAAGUACAGGACUGACCUCCCUGCCCUGUGUGAUCACUGGGUACCCCGUCCUCAGGAACCAGCUGGAGUUUUCCUCUGGACGAGCUGCGAACAAAGACGACUGGAACAAGUUCCUCAUGGCCACAAAGACGUCUCACAGCCCUGAGUGUCAGGACGUGCUCAAGUUUGUGGGACAGUGGUGCGGAGCUCAGCCUGGACAAGGAUUCUCUUUCCACUGA